UACCUGGGGUGUUUUUCUUUCCUGUCUCCUGUAAAGUGUGACUCCAAUUUUAACAGUGUUGUGUGUGGAUGUGGGAGCUUUUAAUUUCCCAGAGGCUCGACGAGCCUUGUUAGUGAGGAACCUGCUGAUUGGUGGAAAAACAGCUGUCGUGUGAUUGUACACACACACACACACACACACACAGGGAGUGUUACUAAUGGCGCAUUUCCACCGGCUCUACUCGCCUCGCCAAGUACAGAGGUCACUCCAUGUCAGAGUGGGAGUGGUUCCCUCCCCCUCACACCUGCAGUUUGACAAUGGGAGGAGGAGGAGCCAAUGGGUGAAGAAGAGUCAGAUCCGUCAGGCUACGCCCACUGCCGUGUCACAUGUUUGACUUCUGAGGAAGAGAAACUCAGACAGUCGUGGUGAAAUGGCAGGAGUUCAGCUGCACACAGAAACCUUGUCUUGUUCCAUCUGUUUGGAUCUUCUGAAGAAUCCGGUGACUCUUACCUGUGGACACAGCUUCUGUAAGAACUGUAUUAAAGACCACUGGGACUCAGAGGAGCAGAGGAGUAGGAUCUACAGCUGCCCUCAGUGUAGAAAGACCUUUACACUGAGGCCUAAACUGAAGAAAAACGUCAUGUUAGCAGAUUUAGUGGAGGAGCGGAAGAUGACUGGACUCCACGCUCCUCCUGCUCAUCACUGCUAUGCUGGCGCUGAAGAUGUGGCCUGUGACGUCUGCACUGGCAGGAAACGUAAAGCUCUCAAGUCCUGUAUGUUUUGUUUGGUCUCUUACUGUGAGAAACAUCUCCAGCCUCAUCAUCAAUCACCUGCAUUUAAGAAACACAAGCUGGUGGAGCCCUCCAAGAACCUCCAGGAGAACAUCUGCCCUCGUCACAAUGAGGUGAAGAAGAUGUUCUGCCGCACUGAUCAGCAGUGUAUCUGUUAUCUCUGCUCUGUGGACGAGCAUAAAGACCAUGACACGGUCACAGCUGCAGCAGAAAGCACACAGAAGCAGAGAGAGCUGGAUCUGAGUCGAGAAGAAGUCCAGCAGAGACUCCAGGACAGAGACAGAGACGUGAAGGUGCUUAAACAGGAGAGGAAGACUCUCACUCUCUCUGCUGAUAAAUCCAUGAAGGACACAGACAAGAGCUUCAUUGAGAUGAUGCGUCUCCUGCAGAGGAGAAGCUCUGACGUGAAGCAGCAGAUCAGAUCCAAGCUGGAAACUGAAGUGAGACGAGUCAGAGACGCUGAGGAGAAGCUUCAGCAGGAGAUCACUGAGCUGAAGAAGAGAGAAGCUGAACUGAAGCAGCUCUCACUCACACACGACCACAACCAGUUUCUCCUCAACUACAGCUCACUGUCAGCACUCAGUCCAUCGACACACUCGUCCACCAUCAACGUCCGUUCUCGGGGACACUUUGAGGACGUGUCAGCGGCUGUGGCAAAGGUCAGAGGUCAACUGCAGGACUUCCUGACCGAGACAUGGACAAACAUCUCACUGGCUGUGGCUGAAGUAGAUGUUUUACUGACAGAACCAGGACCAGAGCCAAAAACCAGAGCUGAAUUCCUCAGACAUUCACAGGAAAUCACACUGGAUCCAAACACAGUAAACACAUGGCUUUUAUUAUCUAAGGGGAACAGAAAAGUGACAUUAAUGAAUGAAGCUCAGUCUUAUCCUCAUCACACAGACAGAUUCAUGGUUUAUCUUCAGGUCCUGAGUAAAGAGACUCUGACUGGACGUUGUUACUGGGAGGUGGAGUGGACAGGAAGAGGAGUUUUUGUAGCAGUGACGUACAAGAACAUCAGCAGAUCAGGGAGUUCAGAUGAAUGUGGAUUUGGAUACAAUGACAAAUCUUGGGCUUUAUUUUGUGAACAAAAAAGUUGUCAGUUUGGUCACAACAACAUCAGGACUGACGUCUCAGAUGUUACAGUCUCCAGAGUGGGACUUUACCUGGACCACAGAGCAGGUCUUCUGUCCUUCUACAGAGUCUCUGACACCAUGACUCUGCUCCACAGAGUCCAGACCACGUUCACUCAGACUCUCUAUGCUGGAGUUUGUUUUUGUUAUUCUUCACCUGGAGACACAGCAGAGUUCUGUAAACUCAAAUAG